ACGCAACAACCACCACAUCCCGUCAACCGAUGCAACCAACCGCUUCGCGUCUCCUCCCCGUCAUUCUCCUGCUGCGCCUGCCUCUGCCGCCGACUCCCCGCUCCGCUCCGGCCUCCCUCCCGUCCCGACCGCGACCAGCCACCGCCCCCGUCCCUCCCGCGCGCGCGGUUGCUUCAGAUCUCCUCUUCCCCCCUCCCUCACCCGCCGCCAACCCCUCCCGCCAUUACGUAGCAGUAUAUAAAGUCCUAUCCCCAUCACCCUCCCAUUUCGCUGCUUCUCCCUCCCUACCCGCGCCAUGGCCUGCUGAUUGCUGCUGCUGCUGCUGCUGUUGACUCGUCUCCCGUGGAUCUGGAUCUUGAUCCCCGCGAGAGGAAUGGAGGUCUUCGGCCCCGUCACGCCCGGCCAAGUUUCGUUUUUGCUGGGUCUUUUCCCUGUCCUCAUUGGAUGGAUCUACGCCGAAAUCUUAGAAUACAGGAAAUCUUUGUUGUAUGGGAAAGUUCACUCGGAUGCUAAUUUGGAGAAUGAGACUAUGAAGGAAGAUGAUAAGGCUGUAUUACUUGAAGGAGGGCAGUCAAAAUCGCCAUCUACAAAGCUCCGAAACAUGUCUACAAAAGCAAAUUUAAUACGGUUUAUAACAAUGGACGAGUCUUUUCUGCUUGAAAACCGUGCUGUGCUAAGAGCAAUGGCCGAAGUGGGCAUUAUUCUGGUCUACUUUUACAUUUGUGACCGGACAAAUAUAUUUCCAGAAACUAAGAAGAGCUACAACCGCGACCUGUUUCUGUUUCUGUACAUUCUUCUUAUCAUAGCAUCGGCACUUACUUCACUUAAGAAGCACAAUGAAAAAUCAGCUUUCACUGGAAAGUCAAUACUCUAUCUUAAUCGUCACCAAACUGAGGAAUGGAAAGGGUGGAUGCAGGUCUUGUUUCUGAUGUACCACUAUUUCGCUGCCACAGAAAUAUACAAUGCAAUUCGGGUGUUCAUUGCUGCCUAUGUCUGGAUGACUGGAUUCGGGAAUUUCUCAUAUUAUUAUAUCAAGAAAGAUUUUAGCAUUGCAAGAUUUGCACAGAUGAUGUGGAGGCUAAAUUUCUUUGUGGCCUUCUGUUGCAUUGUCCUUGACAAUGAUUACAUGCUGUAUUAUAUAUGUCCAAUGCACACACUUUUUACUCUGAUGGUAUACGGAUCACUUGGUCUGUUCAACAAGUACAAUGAGAAACCAUCUGUCAUGGCUAUUAAGAUUGCUUGCUGCUUCUUGACUGUCAUUUUGAUAUGGGAAAUUCCUGGGGUAUUUGAAUUUUUAUGGGCCCCCUUUACAUUUCUUCUAGGAUAUAAGGAUCCAGAGCCUUCCAAGGCAAACUUACCCCUGCUACAUGAGUGGCAUUUCCGAUCUGGCCUUGAUCGAUACAUAUGGAUUAUUGGAAUGAUCUAUGCUUACUUCCACCCUAAUGUUGAACGUUGGAUGGAGAAGUUGGAGGAAUCUGAGACUAAGGUUAGACUGUUUAUCAAGGGAGCCAUUGUCACUCUUUCUUUGACGGCUGGUUACCUAUGGUAUGAAUAUAUCUACAGGCUAGACAAAAUUACAUACAACAAGUACCAUCCCUACACGUCAUGGAUUCCUAUCACUGUUUAUAUCUGCCUACGCAACUGCACCCAGCAGUUGAGGAGUGCCUCCUUGGCUCUUUUCGCCUGGCUUGGCAAGAUCACACUAGAGACAUACAUUUCCCAGAUUCACAUUUGGCUCAGGUCUAGCACGCCAAAUGGGCAGCCAAAAUGGCUCCUAUCUUUUGUACCAGAUUAUCCAUUGCUUAACUUCAUGCUUACUACAGCAAUCUAUCUUCUUCUAUCAUACCGGGUGUUUGAGAUCACAGGUGUACUGAAGGGAGCUUUUAUUCCCAGUAGAGACAACAAUCGGCUAUAUCAAAAUUUUAUUGCAGGGAUUGCCAUAUCUGCAUGCCUGUAUUUCUGCUCACUUAUUCUUGUGAAAAUUACUAUUGUAUAGGUAGAAUUGCCAAGUAAAUGACCUUGAUAGAAGGUCGUUCCUGAAAAUUGUGUGCUUGGUAUCUGGUGGUAAGAUAUUCAGCUCAGGCCUCAAUUCCAUUUUGCAUUUGGAGGUAAAGAUACAGUUCCCAUGAAGGACCUGCCGAUCUUCUAGUUGGGAAUUGAAUUGCCAGAGGAUGUAGGUAUAGAAGUCAAAUUUUGAUUUAUCAUUUCCCCCAUUUAAAACACUGUACACAGUUAGCGAAGUUGUGCAUUCUUUGGGAGUUGUAGAUGCUUUCCUAAGUUGAUACAACAGUGUAAGAAUUUCCUCCCCUCAAAGCACUGUAACAUGUGGUGUACUAUACAGAAUGAUACUACAAGGAAGGGUUUCCCUUUUGUAAAACGAAAUAUAAAGGGCAAGCCCCAAUCUUUCUUUCUUUC